AUGCCGGAAUUGAUCAAAGAAUUAUCAUUUCGACGUAUUCUUGAUUCAUUAAAAUUAACACCUACACAUCGCCUAGUUGAGUUUAAAGACAUAUGGGCUGAAAUAUUUCUUUGGUGCUUUAUGACAUCUAUUGUUGUACAUUUAAUUGCUACUAUAAUUGCUAUUAUAUCAUUAAGAAGUCAUAAAAUUGGACGUUGGUAUGCGAUAUUUAUUUUUUUAGCUGGAAUUAUAACUCCAAUCAUUCCAUCAGCUCUUACAAGUGCACUUCUUUCAGCUAUAUUUUAUGCUGCUUCGGUAGAAACAAAACCUUUCUUUUGUUUCAUACUUGGUAUUGGACAAACUGGUGUUAUACUUUUCUUCUCUUUUGUCAAAAUCUUAUCUACAUUAUGA